AUGCCAGCGCUGUUGCCAUCGCCCUCUCGGCCAUCCCUGACGGACACCAUUCCUGAUGACCAGGGUCGUGAUUUGGUCCUGGCACUGGAUAGGCCUUCUCCCCGACGCCCCAGGACGCCCGCUAAGCUCCUGCGCCUUGGGGUGCGGAAUCGCCGCCACGAGUACCUGGUGAAAACCCCGUCGUAUUUUGACAAUCUGGAACAUGAACUUGCUGAUCCUGUUCUGUAUGAGCGUCUUGUCAAGAGAUUUCAAACUCCAGCCGAACGAGAGGCAGAAGGAAAAGCCAAGGGCUAUAGUCGCACUCUCGAAGCAGAUCUCGUCAGAGGCGAGACAAAUCUCUCAAACCUCUAUCCAGAACGAGAACAAGGUAGCCGAACACCACAAGAUUCAAAAGUGUUAGGCGACGGAGGCGCCGGCACCAACGCAUGGGACGCCGAAGCAGAGGAUAAAGAGCACGGCAAGCAGCUUUGGCACGCGUACCUCGAAGUCCGCUUUGUGGAGGGACAAGAUGAAGACUUCGACUAUGACAAGGUUGAUGACAAUUAUAAGUACGACACCAUGGCGGUUCAGGACGCCGAGGAUGCCUGGUUCGAUGACGAAGAGCCCAGCUGGGUAGAUGGGGAAGAGCAGUUUCCCGUUCGCUUAGGAGAGACGGGUGUCCAGGAUUUUUGA